ACAAGUAGUGGGGUCUUUUUUGCGGAUGUUGUUCGCUAGUUUAGUGAAUAUUGCUAAAAGACGCCCGGUAAAUUUGUGCAAAACAUAUUUUCUUCUCUACAUAUUAACCGUGAAAGUGUAUUAGAUCAUUUUGUAGUUGAGCAUACCGUAAAUCGGAUUCGGUGUCAUCAUAAAACAAGCGCGGGGUAUCAUGAUAAUAUUAUUGUGUGAUAGCGCUAGCUAUGUGUGAGGUGGGUAGAGUGUAUGCGAAUGCACUCGCUACCCACACACCCGGGGGUACAUUCGGCAUGUUCAUGUACAAUGGCAACCUUGACACUUGGUGAUCGUUUUUGGCGGCUUCGUCCCGCUCCUACUGAAAUCGUGUCUGGUAGAAUCGCGUCGCGAGUGAAAGCGGCGGUGGCCAUUCUGCAAAAUUUCCGACAGUUUGGCAGUACCGGAUCAUUGAAAUAUUACGCGUUUUAGAAUCACAAUACGUUACGGUUCUGUUUGCUUCCGCGACUAUAACUGUUUUAUUUGUGGCAUAUUUCGUGUACAUUUGUUUUUAAACAGACUAUAUUACACAAACAGAAUGUUUACUGAAUAUAUUUUGCGCGUAUACUGAAAGCUGAAGAAAUAAGUCAUUAGAGUAUGAUAUUGAUGUAAACUACAGACAUUUUUUCGGUACGGUUUCUAUGUACCACUCUUGAUGUGUGCUUUAGCUUCCUGAAAAUACGCGUUUAGAGUAAACGGCAAAAGAAACGAAUAUUGUGUAAAAUGUGUAAUUUAUAAAAUAAUUAAUUGUCGUCAUGUGUAAAAGAUUUUAUCAUGGAAGACACAUUACAUUUUCGUUCAUGGUGUUAUGUAUAAAAUGACUAUCACAUGCAUAGUUAAUGCGCAGAUACUGAAGUGAAGUUUUUUUUUUUUAAAUUUAAAAAUUGACAAUGUUUAUGUGAUUCCAAGUAAAGUGUGAUUAUCAGUUUUGUACGUCUCGAUUCGAAUACCGGUUUUACGAAAUAGGCAAAAUGGCUCAAAUGGAACAACUACCAAUUCAAUUACCAGACUUAAGUAGUCUUCGCAUAACUACAGCAGUCUCUAUGCUUGGCAAAGCAUAUGGAUGUGGACAAUGUAGUGCUCCCCCACCUGGACCCACAACAAGUUCUUCUGUGGGAGCAGCUGGAUCAACUGGGAGCAGUGUCGUUGCUCCUAGCUCUUUAGGACUUGUUCCUGCACAGCAGACACACACUCCUCCUCAACCUCCUGAACUGCCAAUGUUUUCGUGUCCUCGGAGACCAAAUAUAGGACGUGAAGGCAGACCAAUUGGUUUAAGAGCUAAUCACUUUCAAAUUACAAUGCCACGUGGUUUUGUGCAUCAUUAUGAUAUUAACAUUCAACCAGAUAAAUGUCCUCGUAAAGUUAAUAGGGAAAUAAUAGAAACGAUGGUUCAUGCAUAUAGUAAAAUAUUCGGAACUCUUAAGCCUGUGUUCGAUGGCAGAAAUAAUUUAUAUACGAGGGACCCUUUGCCUAUUGGUACUGAUAAAAUAGAAUUAGAAGUAACAUUGCCUGGUGAGGGUAAAGACAGAGUUUUUAGAGUGGUGAUAAAGUGGGUGGCUCAAGUUUCAUUAUUUGCUUUAGAAGAAGCUCUAGAAGGACGUACAAGACAAAUUCCAUAUGAUGCUAUACUUGCUUUAGAUGUUGUAAUGAGGCAUUUACCAUCUAUGACAUAUACUCCUGUAGGUAGAUCAUUCUUUAGUACACCAGAUGGAUAUUAUCAUCCACUAGGUGGUGGUAGAGAAGUAUGGUUUGGUUUCCAUCAAUCUGUUAGGCCAUCACAGUGGAAGAUGAUGUUGAAUAUUGAUGUCUCUGCAACUGCAUUUUACAAAGCCCAACCUGUCAUAGAAUUUAUGUGUGAAGUAUUAGACAUUCGAGACAUAAAUGAACAAAGAAAGCCUUUAACAGAUUCUCAACGAGUUAAGUUUACCAAAGAAAUUAAGGGACUCAAAAUUGAAAUUACACAUUGUGGAACUAUGAGACGGAAAUACAGAGUGUGUAACGUUACACGUAAACCUGCCCAAAUGCAGUCAUUCCCUUUACAACUAGAAAAUGGACAAACAGUUGAAUGCACUGUUGCAAAGUAUUUCUUAGAUAAAUAUAAAAUGAAGUUACGUCAUCCGCAUCUUCCGUGUCUUCAAGUUGGACAAGAGCAUAAGCACACAUAUCUACCCCUCGAGGUCUGUAAUAUUGUCGCCGGGCAACGCUGUAUUAAAAAAUUGACUGAUAUGCAGACAUCCACUAUGAUAAAAGCUACAGCUCGUUCUGCUCCAGAUCGUGAACGAGAAAUAAAUAAUUUAGUUAGAAGAGCUGAUUUUAAUAAUGAUUCAUAUGUUCAAGAAUUUGGUCUGACAAUAUCAAACAAUAUGAUGGAAGUUAGGGGUCGUGUUUUACCUCCGCCCAAGCUACAAUACGGAGGGCGUGUAAGUUCCCUCAGUGGACAGACGAAGCAGCAAGCUAUGCCUAAUCAAGGUGUAUGGGACAUGCGCGGCAAGCAAUUUUUCACAGGUGUGGAAAUUAGAGUUUGGGCAAUUGCUUGCUUCGCGCCUCAAAGAAAUGUACGCGAGGAUGCACUGCGUAUGUUUACAACACAGUUACAAAAAAUAAGCAACGAUGCUGGAAUGCCAAUUAUUGGGCAACCAUGUUUUUGUAAAUACGCUACCGGGCCGGAUCAAGUAGAGCCCAUGUUUAGAUAUUUAAAAUCAACAUUUCAAUCGUUACAACUUGUUUGCGUUGUAUUACCUGGGAAAACGCCUGUAUAUGCCGAAGUGAAAAGAGUUGGGGACACAUUACUGGGUAUAGCAACGCAAUGCGUACAAGCAAAAAAUGUUAAUAAAACAUCGCCGCAGACGUUAUCCAAUUUGUGUCUAAAAAUUAACGUAAAAUUAGGGGGUAUUAAUAGUAUUCUGGUACCAAGUAUCAGACCUAAAGUAUUCAAUGAACCUGUCAUAUUUUUGGGGGCUGAUGUAACUCAUCCUCCUGCUGGAGAUAAUAAGAAACCUAGCAUAGCUGCAGUUGUUGGUAGCAUGGAUGCUCAUCCAUCUCGAUAUGCGGCUACUGUUAGGGUUCAGCAACACAGACAAGAAAUUAUUCAAGAACUCAGUUCAAUGGUGAGAGAACUUCUUAUCAUGUUUUAUAAAAGUACCGGGGGAUAUAAGCCACACAGAAUAAUUCUUUAUCGUGAUGGUGUCUCGGAAGGCCAGUUUUUACACGUUUUGCAACACGAAUUAACUGCUAUUCGUGAGGCUUGCAUUAAACUCGAAGCUGAUUACAAACCUGGAAUAACAUUCAUCGUAGUACAGAAGAGACAUCACACCCGCUUAUUCUGUGCAGAUAAAAAGGAACAAAGUGGAAAAAGUGGAAACAUUCCAGCGGGUACAACGGUAGAUGUUUGUAUAACGCAUCCAACUGAAUUCGACUUUUAUCUGUGUAGUCAUCAAGGCAUCCAGGGCACAUCACGGCCGUCACACUAUCACGUUCUGUGGGACGAUAAUCAUUUUGAAAGUGAUGAAUUACAAUGUCUUACUUAUCAACUUUGUCACACGUAUGUGAGAUGUACGAGGUCUGUCAGUAUACCUGCACCAGCAUAUUAUGCUCAUCUUGUAGCAUUCCGAGCCAGAUAUCAUUUGGUAGAAAAGGAACAUGAUAGCGGGGAAGGAUCUCAUCAAUCAGGUUGCAGUGAAGACAGAACACCAGGUGCAAUGGCAAGAGCUAUUACAGUUCAUGCAGACACAAAGCGAGUUAUGUACUUUGCAUAAUUCUUCAAAAAAAUUUUUUUUUACACAAGCAACUGAUACCAGAUAAUGAUAAUCAUAUCUUGAGCACGAAUAUUUCUAGGCUAUUUAAAUGCUAAACAAUCUUCUUGAGUGGUCAAUUUUUUUACUUACUUUUAUAAUCAAACGAAUCUGUCCAAUACCUGAGAUAGGUCAAGCAACUUUAUAUUGAGUUUAUUUCCUCCCUUUUUUUUAUAUUUUAUUUAACAUAUUGUCGACCAGGUGUUGGAUAGGUAUUCUACACAUUCUAGCGAGUAGGUUUUUAAAGAGGUGCUUUUAGUUAAUCAUGUUUUAGAUUAGAUUAAGGCAUACGCAGCUUGACUGAUGUGAAAUUUUGCGCCAAAAACCAUGUGAACAAACAGUUUAAGAAAAAUAUCAGCUGCCGUGCAUAUUACGCUUAUUUUGUUCUUUUCUUUUUUUUUCCUUUUUUUUUUAAAUAGAGAUUAAAUUAUCUCUAGCAUUUGUAUGAUACAAAAAAGAAAAAAAAUUACAUUACAACAUAAAUUUACGAUUGUAUAAAUCGCUUCUUGCGAAACUGUUAUCUUGUUGUUUAUGCGUAGUUAUCAUUUAAAUCAACCAAUUUUUGUAAGAAGAAAAAUUUAGACUUACGGGUCGUGCGAUUAUAAAAAUAUUGACGUGUACUAUUGUCACGCUUAAGCAUAUUUACUAUUAUGCUCAUGAGACUAUGAUUCUCUACGAUAUCAUAUUCAUCAUACUUAUAUUUAUUGUGAGUACUAAAAAAAUUGGCCACGUCAAGUAAUAAAUUAUCGGUAGGGAGAUGCAAAUGAAUAAAAGGUUUGUAAAUGUUAAUUGUCGAGGUCUCUAAGCCAAUGGCCAAAGUAAGUUAAGAAUCUGUUAUAAUGAAAUCCAAAGUUGUGGCAAGUUGAUAAAGCAUAGUGUUAUGUAAUAUCUUUAGCGUUGUAAAAAAAAAAA